UGUGUUGGUACUGCUGUUCUCCGUCGGUAAGGGGCUUUUGUAUGAGCGCGAAAUACUCUCCGCGAAAAAUAAUAAUAGGGAUAUUUUAGUGUAAAUUUUGAUUUUUUUUCAAAAAAGAUCAAUUUUUGGAAAGUUAAUUGGGUGCCGGUUGUGACCGCAAAAGCGCGUGGGAGCCGCCUUCCAAUUUGGAGUGACGUUGUGUACAGGCCGGAGGCACGGAUACAGCGGGUCUAGGGUGACAGGAAGGGUGGGGGUGGGCCCUUCAGGAAAAGCAACGAGGCGAGAGACAACAGUCGCACGCAGAUCGCCGUGUUGUCAGGCCGUGUUUGAGGGGAAUUGAACAGCCACGUUACAGUGCUCCGAAAAAACACACAUCUCUCUCUCUUUCUCUCUCAUACAUUCGUUUUUACUACACGAUUCAUUUACUUCGGCCUAGUAUCUCGUUUAUUUAUUUAGCCGUUUCUGUUUAUUUAUAGCUGCACGUCUAUUAAUAAUCAGUGCGAAGUGUCUUUAAAGGAAUAUCGUCCCGGUUUAUUAUUUGGUGCAUCGUGUGUGAUUUUUUUAACAUCAUCAGGUUUUUUGGAUUGCAGUGCUGGAAAACAAGGAGUUAUAAAAGAGGUGUCGUUGAUCCACAAGUUUGUCGUGACUAAUCACAUAAAUAGUGACAGAGGUUCUCCGUGAUUUUCAUUCGCGUUUAACACUCACGAUAAUGACCCGAACGUGUUGCAGAUCCUCGAGUGGAUACGAAGCUGAAACAGUGCCUUGGUUUCUCCUUCCAUGAGAUCCGGUGUUUGUCCCAUUAUCCCCAACCCCUGAAUUAAAACACUCUUGUUUUUAACAAAAAAAUUAUGUGCUAGAACCAAAAUUUCAGUAGGAACAAAAUAUUUAAUUUCUUUUAGUGGUCUUUUUGCAGUGCAAGGGGCCAAAAAUUAGGAACAAAUUAGAGAUUUGGUGGUGUAUCCUUUUUUUUUUGGUUUUUAUUUUGUUUAUAAAUUAGUGAGUGGUGAUUUAUGACCCGAAAGAUAAAUUGUGGUGUGUCACUCUUUCAUGGGUGAUAUGUUAUUGGAGAUGGAGCAACAUUCGGGCCUGAUAUCCCUGAACAUGUCGCCAUUUCAGUUGAGCCCUCAGGGCAGUCCCCAAGGUGCUGGCACAGGUCAGCAACAACAGCAACAGCAACAACAGUCCCAACACACGAGUCAGUAUGGAUCCUCCCCCUAUGGUAAUUGUGCGCAAAGUUCACCCUCAAAUAUGUGCCACCCCCAGCAAAAUCAGCAACAGUCCCAAAUGUCGAGUCACAAUCAAUCGCAACAAAGUGGAGGCGGUAUGUCCGGUUUUGAGGCGGCAUUCUUUGAUGCCACGAGCCUCGAGGAACGUUGUCCCAUGUGCGGUGACAAAAUGUCCGGCUAUCAAUACGGUCUCCUUACUUGCGAAUCUUGCAAGGGUUUUUUCAAGCGCAAUAGCUCGCCCUGUAGCAGUAAAAAGGUCUACACAUGUCUAUUUUCGCCAACAGGCGGAGGCAGCUGUGGUACUUCCUCGGCCUUGGAGGGAGGCACUUACGCCGGUGGUGGCAAUACCGGCGGUAACAACAACAACAACAACAAUAAUGCCGGUACAGGUGCAGGAGGUGGCAACAAUGCCGGACCGACUGGUGCCGGCGCCAGCGGGAACGUUGCCAUUCCUGGUGCACUUUGUCAUCCAAGUCUUGCACAGGCGGGUGUGGGUGUCGUGACUGGUUCCAUUCCUGGACCAUCGGACUUUCCUGAUACCAAGGACGUCAUCGAGGAACUGUGUCCUGUGUGCGGGGACAAGGUGUCCGGUUAUCACUAUGGAUUACUCACUUGCGAGUCCUGCAAAGGAUUCUUCAAGAGGACGGUCCAAAACAAAAAAGUCUACACCUGUGUCGCUGAGAGGUCAUGUCACAUUGACAAGACACAGAGGAAGCGAUGUCCCUUCUGCCGGUUUCAAAAGUGCCUUGAAGUUGGCAUGAAGCUCGAAGCUGUGAGAGCGGACCGGAUGCGAGGAGGUAGAAAUAAAUUUGGGCCAAUGUACAAGAGAGAUAGAGCGCGAAAAUUACAAAUGAUGCGACAAAGGCAAUUGGCAUUGCAAACAAUUCGCGGGAGCCUUGGUGAUCCAUCGAAUUAUCCAUCGGCAGUGACGCCGUUUUUGCACAUUAAACAAGAAAUUCAGAUACCUCAGGUCUCGAGUUUAACGUCAUCGCCAGACUCGAGUCCAUCGCCUGCAGCCGUUGCCGCUGGUUUGGUUACGACGCAAGCGGGCAGCGGCGGUGGUGCCGGUCAACAUCAAUUGAUAGCGCCAUCGUCACAGCCAAAUAUCACCGCCGGUAAUCAUUUACAUGGGAAUCCAAAUCCAAGUCUAGAGAGUAAAUUAUGGGCGGCAAAUUCCACGACACCAAGCCCGAAGGCCUUUAAUUUUGGUGAACAAUCAACACAACCCCACGGUACCAAUAAUGCAACAAGCAACAACACAGCCACCUCAACACCCUCAGCCGUUGCGGCACUCAAAACUAGUCCGAUGAUCAGAGACUUUGUGCAAUCGGUCGACGAUCGCGAGUGGCAAACAUCCCUAUUCGGAUUGCUGCAAAACCAAACGUACAAUCAGUGUGAAGUGGACUUAUUUGAACUUAUGUGUAAAGUGCUCGACCAGAAUCUCUUCUCGCAAGUCGACUGGGCGAGGAACUCGGUUUUCUUCAAAGAUCUCAAGGUUGACGACCAAAUGAAACUUCUCCAGCACUCCUGGUCGGAUAUGUUGGUGCUUGAUCAUCUUCAUCAGAGGUUACACAAUAAUCUGCCAGACGAGACAACACUUCACAAUGGGCAAAAGUUUGAUCUCCUUUGCCUCGGCCUAUUGGGGGUGCCAUCAUUAGCCGAUCUUUUUAACGAUCUGUCCUCCAAAUUGCAAGAAUUAAAAUUCGACCUGUCCGAUUACAUCUGUAUGAAGUUCCUUAUGCUGCUUAAUCACGAUGUCCGUGGAUUGGUAAACAAAAAACACGUACAAGAGGGUCACGAGCAGGUUCAACAGGCAUUAUUGGAUUACACGAUGACCUGCUAUCCAUCCAUACCUGACAAGUUUAACAAAUUGUUAGCAGUAUUACCGGAAAUCCACGUGUUGCGAGUAGGGGAGAGGACCACUUGUACCAAAAGCACUGUAACGGAGGCGCACCAACACAAACACUUCUCAUGGAAAUGUUACACGCUAAAAGGAAAUGAAACAACUUUCACGACCGGCAUUAUUGUCGGGCAAUCGAGGGUUGUUCGAAAACCUUAACGUUUUAUUGCAAAGGUCCCGAUGAUAAAGCCCCUUACCGACGGACCUCGGUAUCUCGGCGAUUGGGAGCCGUUUAGGUAAUCAGUUUCAAAAAGAAAACAAACAAAAAAAAAAGAAAAAUGCUAAGAGCACUAUCUCUUAAAUGCAAAAAAUUAAAAAACAAAGAAAGAAAGAAAAAAAGUACACACACAAAAAUCAAGUAUAGACAUUAAUACUUUAAAAAGCAUACAGUCUAUGUAUCAUAAUGUGUAAAUCUAAAAAAAAAUAUAUUAUAAAACAUAACGACAUAUAUUUUCUAUAUUUGAUGUUGAAGUUUUAGAGAUGUAUCUGUGGAGAAAAUAAUAAAAAAAAAAAAUAAUAAAUCGGCUCCCGUGAUCGGUGUCGAGGGGGUUGGGGGGAAGGGAAGGGGGGGCAACGGCGACAAACGCAGGGAAAAUUAGUAAGCGAGAUGCCUUGAAAAACAGUACAAAGGGGUGGUUUAAAAUAAAUUAUCGGUCAAAGGGCAGGCAACUUUUGUCAUAAAUAAGGAUAUAUUAAAACAAAAAAAGCUAUUUUUCUAAUAACUUAGAGAACGAUUUAUUUUUAAGUACCAUACCACUGAAGCCUUGCUCUCAAAUUAAGAAUGGAAAAUACAAAUACCCAACGAUCUAACUAUCAUUAUUUACAAUAUUAUAUACUGUAUAUGUGUGUAUUCCGACCGUUAAACUCUCCCUCGCUCCGCGUUAUAUUUUAAUUUAAUUUAAAUUAAUUACAUUAAAAGUAAUUAAAAUUUUGUAUUAUAAUUAUUUUUUAUUGGGCAAUAUAUUUCAAUAAUAUAAAGUGAUUUUUAUAAAUUGAAAUUAACAAAAAAAAAUGAGAAAAUAAUAUUAAUAAGGUGACGUUUCAAUUGUUUUUUUUUUUUUAUUUUAAUUAUUAUUAUAAAUUUUAUUUUAUAUACGUGUUUUUCAGUUUCUUUUUUAUAUUUUUUUCGGAGGGGGCAGAGUUUACGGAUUUCAAAAUAGGGCAGGGGGGGAGGGGAGGGAAAGAAAAAUCCGACUCGCCAGCCACUUGUGCUUCUGCAAGGGAUUCAACGGGCAUACUUUUGAGCGACAGUUAAAAAAUCGAUUGUGAUAUAAUAAAUACAUGUAUAUAUGUAUAUAAAAUAUUUAAUUAUAUUUUAUAUAAAUAUAUAUAUAUGUGUGGAAAAAAAUAUGUAUAUGUACGUGUACGUUUUAUCACACGGCCACCUAGGCAUCCUUAGAACUUCCUGUCGAAUGAAAAAAAAAAUAUCUGCAUUUUUUUUGUCACAUUUGCACAGCAACAGGGCUACUACUAUUCUGUAUUGUAAAUACUAGUUAACACAUUCCAAUUACGUUGUAUAGUAUACAAAAAAAAUCAUGUUAAAUAUGUAAUUAUUAUAUGGAUAUUUCGUGUAUAGAGUUUAAUGAAAUAAAUAUAUUUCUGUUGCUUAUUGAAAAUGAAGAUGAAGGAAUCAUUAUAGAUACUUAAAUGUCUUCACUAAUUUUAGGUCUUUAAUUAAAUGUAUAACUGCCUUUUUUUCUCACUUUCACUGUUUUUUAUCUCUUUUCUUUUUUCUCUCUCCUUUCUAACUCUCUCUCUCUCUCUCUCGCUAUAUCUCUUUCAUUGUCCUAUAUCUUUCACUCUAUCUCCCUCUCUUUGAAAAAAAAAUAGGUGGCGGAAAAUUAAUCCUUAAAAAUCGCGAUAUUUUUAUUAUAUUGUACAUUGUACGACAAAAUGUUCUUAAGAAGGAUAAUAAGAAAAAAGAAAGAAAAAAUAGAGGAAUCAUCGGAGCAAGGUUCACGUGGUUCAACAAUUGUCUAGUUGUUAAAAAUAAAUAAUAUAUUUGCGCGUAUAUGUAUAUGGCCCAUCAUAUACAUAGACACAGAUAAGAAAUUUUAAAGAAAUGAAAAUUAUUGUCUAAUCGCGAUUGUUAAAUAUAACGAAGUAUUUACGAUAUAUAUACAUGUUAAGACAUAGCUAUAUCUAUCGUAGUUAUUUUUCACUUACAGAUAUAAUUAAUAAUUAAUUAAUUAAAUUCAUAAUAAUAAUAAUAAUUAUUAUUGUUUAGGAGUUAGUCAGACAAUUUUUCAGCGCUGUGAAGGUCGUCUUUCGACGCCUGUGGUACCUAAGCCAUCGGUUAAAUACACAUGCUAGAUUCGGGAGUCUAACUCGUGCUUCAAAAAAAAAAAAGAAAAAAAUUUGGAUCAAAUCCAUUUUUAUUUCAAUCAAUUUUUCCAUGCUCAAUUCUUUGCUCGUCGUUCAACAAUUUACUCUGUAAUAUUAUGUGGAUCGGUAAAUUUUAUACUGUCUAAAAAAUUCUGUAAAAACUAUUUUCACGUGAGAACUUUUAAAAAUAUUUUUUAUUUGAAAAUUAAUAAAAAGCGAUUUAUUUAAAAUAACAAUUUAAAAUACAUUGAAAUUAGACUUUUAAAUAAAAAAAUUUGAAAUUGAUUUCAAUUUUUCUUACAAUUUUAAUUAUUGUAAAAAUAGACGGAAAUGUUUAGUCGGAAAUAAUUGAUACCGCUCCAUGUAGAAUUUGAUAAAAUCGCUGUGCGAAUUUCUCCAUUAACUAAUUAAUAAUAUUCGUUCCACGCUCGUCUUGAGAAAAGUACCUGAAUGUCCUAGUGUUAAAAGAACGCUAUUUUAAUAUUACCACUUUACCAGCACCUUUUGCAAUUAAACCAUAGAAAUAAUCUUAAUCGAUUCUCGAUGAACGAAGCUUGGAAAUAAAUAUAUAUAAAAUAAAAAUAUAUAGAUAUAUUAAAUAUAUCUCCAUAUAUUUCGACGAGCAAAGAUUUGAAAAAUAGUUUAAAUGAAAAGAAAAAAUAUAUAAAUUUGAGGAAAAAUUGAAAAAAAUUGUAUAUGAUUAGAGAAAAAAUAAUAUGGUAAAUUUUAAGAAUUGGAAAAAUAAUGACAAAUUAUUAAUUGAAGAAAAAACGAGAAAUGGCAAAUUAAAUGCAAAUUAAAAGAAAAACGAGAAAUACAACAAAUCAUAAAAUGAUUAUAAAUUCAAAAGAAAAUUUAAAAAGAACGUCUCGCAGCGUUAUUAAAAUCUCGGCUUUUUUUAUAUACCGAUGUUUCUCGUCUUGCAAAAAAAAAAAGAAUCGUAAAGUUUUUUUUUUAUUAUUUGACUCCGACGCGAAUGACUACCUCUUCGUAACUGUAUUAAGUUUUUAUACUUUUACAUUAAUUAGCAACCACAUACCUCAGACGUAUAGACACCCAGAUAGCAAUUCUAAUUCGCAAAAAAAAAACAGGAAAACAAAAAAUAACAAUAAUAAUUUGGGAUGAGACGACGCGCGUUCCAUCGUAUACUUUUUUAUUCUUUAAUAAUGUGAUUAUUUAAAUAUCUUGUGAUUCUUGAAUCUUUUUGUGAUUUGUUAAGUGUCCUUUUUAAUUGUCAAGUUUCCCAUAAAUAUUAUUAGUUAUCACGCAAAGUUAUCUUUAUUUUAAGCUAUACAUAUAAUAUAUAUUUAUAUUGCUGUUUGGGUAAACGGAAGUGAAAGACGUAGAACUUUUUAUUUAUAUUUGUAGCUUUGUUCCGACAAUUCACAUCAAUCCAAUUUUUUAAUCAACUUUUUCGUAAAUUAUAAAAAAUUUCAUAUUAAACGACUUUAAAAAAUUUUCUUAUUAAAAUUUUAAUAGUCAAUAUUUCGUUUAAAUUAGAAGAUUAAAAUUAUUUUGGAUUCGAUGAUGUUAAUAAAAUUGAAUGUGUUUAUGUAUAGACGAUUAAAGAAAGACCAUAACGAGUGAUUUGAAUUUUUUGACAAUAUGAUUUUUCAAAAAUGUUAUUAAAAAUGCAAAGAAAUGGAAAAGAAAUAUUUUUGUCACAGUACACGCGUCCAUCCUGUUCAAUCGUCCGAUGAAUUCCGUUAUGAUACGCAUAUAUACGAUAUAAAUAAAAAAAUAAUUAAAUAAGUACAUAAAUAUAUAUAAAUAUUUAUAUAUAUAUAUAAGCAUAUAUGUAUACAAAUAUUUAUAUAUGCUAAUAAGUUUAUUAACCAUAAUUGUAAUUAGGGAGCUAAAAAAUACUACAUGUAUAGUAUGCUAUACAUAUAUAUAAAAAAAUUAUGAUGUUAUGUAUAUUGUGUUAAAUAUCGAUGUACAGUUACCAAUUACAAUUGGCAAAUGCUCUAUAUAUAAGUUAAUUGUCAAAUAUCAUUCUUUCUCUAAUUAUUAUUUGCCAACCAGACUCUCGUCGUUUUUCAAGAUUAAUCUUACGUUUACAAGCGACACACUUCCUAUGCGUUGUUGUUGUUAACACUGCCAUUAGAAAUUGGCAAUUGUAAAUUAUGUAGAAAAACAAAACCUCAAUGAAUGUAAAUACAUCUUUAUUAUUAACAUA